UCCCGCCUCCCUGGCCCAAACCCGCUGGACCAGCUCUCCCGGUGCCCGCCCGCAGCGCCCCCCCACUCCAGGCAGCCAAGUCACAGCCUCCGGGGCACCUUCAGGCAAGCGGGUGGUGGGUCCAGAACUCGGAGACCAGAAAGUGAACUUCUGGGCAGAGAUGGCCCUGCAGAGCCAGGUGUGGUCUCUGGCCACACCCAUGCCCAUGGCGGAGAGCUCCCUCUACCGGCAGCGGCUAGAAGUCAUCGCUGAGAAGCGGCGGCUGCAGGAGGAGAUCCGCGCCGCGCGCCGGGAGCUAGAGGAGGAGAAACUCCGCGUGGAGCGUCUCAAGAGGAAGUCUCUCCGGGAACGUUGGCUAAUGGAUGGGGCAGCUGCAGUGCCAGAGCCAUCCGAAGACCCCACCUCGAAGGACCCCCAGUCUCCCGAGGGCCAGGCUCAGGCCCGAAUCCGGAACCUGGAAGACAGUUUGUUCACACUCCAGUCCCAGCUGCAACUGUUGCAAAGUGCUUCCACAGGUGCCCAGCACAAGCCCUCAGGCAGGCCCAGCUGGCGCAGACAGGGUCACCGUCCUCUCUCCCAGUCCAUUGUCGAGGCAGGUUCUGUAGGCCAGACUGAUCUGAACAAGAGAGCCUCCCUGCCGGCUGGACUAGUGGGCACGCCUCCAGAGUCCCCCUCUGAGCCCAGGGAGGAUGUCUUGGGGUUUCUGCCAGGCCCGAGGCAGGUCCCCGGGGCAGCAGGAGACUCCUCAGAAGCCAAUGGCCCAUGCCCCAGCCCCAUCCCCACUCCAGAGCAGGGGCUAAGUCAGAGGGCAGUGCCAUCCGAAGGGCGGGUGGGUGAGGCCAAAGGAGGGGGCGUGGUGAGUGUGGUGUGGGAAGGGCUGAGGGCCACAGAGGACUGUGCCACAGGGGCCACGGGCCCCGAGCUGGAGGCUAAGGUGGAGGAAGUGGUGCUGGAAGCCAUCGGAGACAGGAAGGGAGCUGGUAGCCUGGAGCUCCCGGCCUGGGUGAAGGAGGACAGGGGCAUCGUGGAGGUGGUCUGGGAGGGGGUGGGUGGCAGCGAUGCAGAGGCCAUGGGGGAGAUAGGCAGGGUCCCUGAGGUCGUGCAGACUAGCUCGCCUAGUCUCCAGGAGAGAUUAGAGGCAGCAGCUUCCAUAGAAGGGGAAGAUGUGCCCCAGGGCAGCCCUGAGGGUGAUGGGCAGGGAGGCUCUGGAGGAGAGGAGGGAUCCUUCAUUUGGGUGGAGAGAGUGACCCUCAGUGAAGAGUGGGAGGAGCUGCUGGUGGAGGGGUUGGAAGGGCCCGAGGUGGCAGGGAGGGAGAGAGGAGAUGAAAGCCCGCUGGGGACCGAGGGGGCCAAGACGGGAGGAGGCGAGGAGACCUGGGAGGCAGAGAAGAGAAAAGCGGAAGAAUCCAUGGGAAUAGGAAGUGAGGAAAAGCCAGGGACAGGGAGGGAUGAAGCGGAGAUGUCACCAGUGGUAGAGAGGAAAGGAGGAGAGAAGAAGUUGGAGCUGGAGAGCAGAGGAAGUGCAGAAAAGCUGGGAACAGAGAGGGAAGGAGGUGAGGAACCACUGGGCAUAGAGAGAAAAGUUGAGGGACAUUUGAGGGCAGAGAAGGAAGGAGAUGAGGAAAAGCGAGGGGCAGAGGAGGAGGAGGUAGAAGAACCAUUGGGAGUAGAGAAGAAAGGAGGUGAGGAAGAGCCAGAGGCAACCAAAGAACCACUGGAGGUAGAGAGAAAGAGAGGGGAGGAGACACUGGAGGCAGAGAGAAAGGGAGGGGAGGAGACACUGGAGGCAGAGAGAAAGGGAGGGGAGGAGACACUGGAGGCAGACAGAAGGGGAGGGGAGGAGACACUGGAGACAGAGAGAAAGGGAGGGGAGGAGACACUGGAGGCAGAGAGAAAGGGAGGGGAGGAGACACUGGAGGCAGAGAGAAAGGGAGGGGAGGAGACACUGGAGGCAGAGAGAAAGGGAGGGGAGGAGACACUGGAGGCAGACAGAAGGGGAGGGGAGGAGACACUGGAGGCAGAGAAAAGGGGAGGUGAGGAAUCAUUGGAGACAGAGAAGACCCAAGGGACGGAGGGAGAUCUGAAUCUAGAACAAGGAUCCAGGGAAGGAAGUGAAUCCCAGGCAGAGGAGAUGAAUGAGGCAGGACCUCCCCUUGAGGCUAACACGGAGACAAGGCCAGAGAAGGAAGGACCCCAGCCCCAGGAGAAGCCAGUAGGAGCCCUGGAGGAGGAAGGAGUGAAGCCCCAAACCGCUGCUGAGGGCCAAGGCCCCUUGGGGGAUGCCACACCCCUUCUGGCAGAGACCCCAGCCCCAGAGCAGCCCGCCGAAUGCCAGCCACUGCUUCAGGGGGAGGGGCCCAGCACCAACCCCAGUGCCCACCCUGUGCCCACUUAUGCGCCUGCCCGGCAGCCUGAGCCAUCUGCCCCCACCGAGGGUGAAGAGGCAAGUGGCCCUAAGCAAAAGAUGUGCCAGUGUUGUGCGGUCAUGUGAACCCAUGCCCCUCCACCCCAUGUCCAGCUCCUCUCACAGCUACCUCGGCCUCUUGGCACCCAGAAGAGGGUCCCAGGCACAGACAGGGCACCACAGGACUGGCCAUGGCACCUGGGAGCCAGCUAGCCUGCACGUCCACCUACACCUGGGCUUCCAGACCCCUUGCCCACUGCCUGUAACCCUGGCCUCCUUCUGCGAUGAAGCCUUUAUACUUGAAAAUAAAAUGUGAAAGCACUCAA